AUGAAUGACUAUGAAGCUCAUCUCAGCAGCUAUGAUCACAGUCACAAGCAGCGCCUCAAAGACAUGAAGGCCAUGGUUCGUGACCCCACUGCGGGCUCUCGUGCGCGCAAGGCCGAGGCCAAAGCCGACGGUCUCAUCAGCAUCAAGCUCCCUGGCCAAGAGACUGCCACUGGCGGAGGAGGAUUCAAGAAAGGCGGCUUCAAGAAGAGUGGCUUCAAGAGUGCUUUCACCAAAGUUGAGGGUAGCGGAUCAGCAGCAACGACGACUGAGAAACCCAAGCCGGCUAGUACACUUGAGCCUGCACCAGUCAAUCCUGGUCUCCAGAAGAACUUGUCCCCGGAGAGCGAUACUGAAGAUGAGGGCUAUGAAGUCUAUGAUCCUCAGUUUCCCACCAACUGA